AUGCACGAUGUUUGCAAUUACGAUACAUAUUUCGUUCAGAAAUAUGAUGCUAUUGGGGUUUUGGGUCUUCUUCCGGAGCAAAAACUUACAGCUGCUUUACGGAUGCUUGCAUAUAGGGCAUCUGCAGGCCAGGUGCAUGAGAUUGCUAGGAUGGGGAAAUCAACUAUCUUAGAGUGUUUGGUCAUAUUCUAUGAUGUAAUAGAAACUCUCUACACAAGGGAUUACCUCCGCAAGCCUACGCCUAGAGACCUCCAAAUGUUUCUACAAAAAGCUGAGGUUCGAAGUUUUCUAGGCAUGAUUGGAAGCAUUGGCUGCAUGUAUUGGCAGUGA